AUGGCCCUACACAAUUUGACAAGAGAGGAAUGGUACGAUGCGUACGCGCUGCAGCUAGGCUCUAUUGCCUCGGAAUAUGUGUAUGGCGCUUGGCGCUUCCGGUUCAUCACCAAGUACACAGAACUUCCACUGUUCACUUUUCAGGAGCAGAGCACAGGCUUCGGAUCGAUGUAUCAAAAGACACGCAGAGCACAGCAAUGUUCUCAAGCCGCAAUGCCGUGCUGCAUUGACAGUUUUGGAUCACCCGUUUCUCCUGCUAGCAGCGUUAGGCAAACAUACCUCGAUUGGGACCCAAUGCGGUCCUCAUAUAGCCUUUCCGUCUCAUCGUUGAGCAGCCUUUUAGCUGUCCGAUGUGAUCAGCGCCAGUCGCCUGCGAAAUAUGACGACGGGCCACGCAAUGAGGAAUGUGUGAUCGGAGAGAGGGAAAAGUCAGUCGGCCUCGCGACGCGAAAUGCUGCCCAUCGGACGCUGUUCAAGCACACUGAAACAACUCGUCAUUAG